GCCCUUGCCGAGGCGCACGGGGCCGGCGCUCGCCGGGACCAUCGCCGUUCGCAGGAGGCGCCGCCGCCGAGGAGGGCGGCAGCCUGGGGCCCCGCUGCCGGGUCCCCGGCGGGCCGGCUGCCCGCGGCGGCCUUCCUAGGCCAGCCCCCGGACCCGCGGACGACGCCCGUGCUCCUCCCGGCGCCCACUGCCCGCGGCGCGCCGCGGCACAGGUGGUCCACGCCGCCCCAGAGGGGCAGCCUUAGCCCCGCGGAGCUCCGGGUGGUGGAGGGCCCCUCGCUGCGGCAGCUGUUCAGCCUGGUGCGGGAGACCACCUUCCAGAUGGAGGCGCAGGCCCGGCAGCAGGCCGAGGCCGCGGCGAAGCACCUGCAGGACACGCUGCCGGCGGCCACGGCGACGGAGACGGCGCGGAGUGCGCCAUCUGCCUGGACGCGGGGGGUUCCUGGCGGUCCUUGCCGUGCGGGCACCUCUACCACGAGGACUGCCUCCUAG